GAUGCCUCCCGGGAGCAUGUGCUCUGGGGCGCAUGAGCAUGCCCAUGCGCAGAUAUUUUGCAUACACGAUCCAUUUUCUGACCGCCGACACCCACGAGUCCCAUCCAUCCCUUUCCCCGUUUCACUGCCACUGCCUCCGCCCGUCUGACGACUCCUGACGGCCGGACCUGCCGGCGGCCGGCCAGAGGCGCCGCCGCCGCCGCCGCUGCAAGCGCCUCCGGAAUGCCUCCAGGGAAGAGACACGGGAGCGCGCCGCCGCCGGUGCGCGGCGCGGACCGCAUCGGCGCGCUGCCCGACCCCAUCCUGCAGCACGUCCUCUCCUUCCUCCCGGCGCAGGCGGCCGUGCGGACGUGCGUGCUGGCCCGGCGCUGGCGCCACCUCUGGAGAUCCACCAGGGGCCUGCGCGUCGUGGGCCUCGACGGCGCGGACGCCGUCCAGGGCCUCCGCAAGUUCAUGGACCACCUGCUGGUCCUGCGCGACCGCGCCGCCGACCUGGACGCCGUCGAGAUCAGGUUCGACCGGUUCUCGGUGGCCGACGACGAGGCCUACGUGAACCUCUGGACCCGCUUCGCCGUCAUGAGCAGGGUCCGCGAGCUCACCGUCCACAUCGGCGCCUCCUCGUACCUCGACCUAGACAACCUGCCUCUCGUCUCCCAGCACCUGCGAGUCAUGAACCUCGACGGCCUAAGCCUGCAGCAGAAAUUUCUUGAUCUAGCAGGCUGCCCGGCGCUGGAGGUUCUGAAUAUGCAGCAUUGCGACAUCAGUGUUGGUAGGAUAUCCUCCCGUUCCCUGAAGCAUUUGAGCCUCAGAAGCUGCCGCUCCAACUCGAAUUGCUGGGUCCAUGUUUCUACCCCGGGCCUCGUCUCCCUGGUGCUGGUUAGAUUUGGGGGCACAACCCCUUUUCUUGAGAACAUGGCGCUGCUAGAGACUGCGCGUCUUGAUCUUAGCGAUGACUUCGAUGUCUGUUUCGAUUACGACUCCGAUGAGAAUUCUGUUCCUUUCAAUAAAGAUGACAGUGGCGAUUCCGUGCUCCUGGGUGCUCUCUCAGGUGCCAAACAUCUUGAGCUGGUAUCUGCAUUUCAAAAUUUCGUUUUCAGAAGAGAUUUGAGACAGUGCCCUACAUUCAGCAAGUUAAAGACUUUAUUACUCAAUGAGGACUGGUCUGAGGCUCCUGACUUGGAUGCACUAGCUUGUGUUCUGAAACACUCACCAGUUCUAGAGAAGCUCACUCUUCAGCUCUUUACCAACAAGGGACCAAAACAAGAAAUGAAAAUGAAAGGAAGCUACAGUUCAGCGGAGAGGUCGGCUGCAAUAUCAGAGCACCUUAAAAUAGUUGAAGUCCAGUGCAAUGUGGUCAAUCAGGGAGUUUUCAAAGUUUUGAAGUUCCUCUGUGCAUUUAAUAUACGAUUCAAUUUUGAGUAGGGGUGAGAAGAUGUGGGGCGUCAGUUAGUCCCGCCAUCUCGUGGUUAUUCAGUUGAUUUGCCAUUGUGACAAGGUUUCCAAGUCUUUUUUACAUGUGUAUCUGAUACCAGUUUUGACAGUUUGUUCAAGCCAAAAGAGACCAGAAUAAUUUUGCACAUGAGAUUGCUGUUGUUGUUCGUAGAACAGGAGCCGGAGCUGUUUCGAGCUCUGCCGUUCCUGAUCAUAUAGCUCAUGUAAUUAACACUGUACUGUAACUAUCUUCGCAAAAAAAAAAAACACUGUACUGUAACUAUCUUGUCAUGUGUAUUGAAUAAAUCUCUUUUGGCCCUCA